AUGGCCCCCGUUACCUACGACAUUCCUGCUGCGCAGACCACCACUCCCCAGAAGCCUGCAGUCUCUCUCGAUAUCUUCCCCGAUGGCUUGAAGACCACCGGCCAGCAGCCCCCUCUCUACGACCAGAUCAGACCAUUCUCUGAAUUCCCCAAGAAAAUCACCGGCCCAACAGUCUGGAAGGCCGAGGACUACAAGAACAAUCCCGAGAAAUGGACCCAUCGUUUCACUGAGGAAGAAUGCGCUGAGAUGAGCGCUGCUGCCGAUGCCUUUGUUGCUUCUGGCAUCCCCCUGACUGCCAUAUCCAAGGACAACUUCAGACUUCCCAAGUUCGCCAGCUUCCUCGAAGUCUUGAGAAAGGAUAUCAUUGAUGGCAAGGGAUUCAUCCUCUUCAAGGGAUUCCCAGUCCAGGAAUGGGGAACCCGCAAGGCUGCCAUUGCCUACAUGGGUCUCGGAACCUAUCUUGGAUACUUCGUCAGCCAGAACAGCCGUGGCCAUGCUCUGGGACACGUUAAGGAUCUUGGCGAAGACUCUGGAAAGAUCGACAAAGUCCGUAUCUACAGAACCAACGCUAGACAAUUCUUCCACACCGAUGACUGUGACAUCGUUGGUCUGCUCUGCGUGGCCAAGGCAUUCGAGGGUGGCGAGUCCGAUAUCAUCUCCUCUCACCACGUCUACAAUGUCCUCGCUGAGGAGCGCCCUGAUGUCCUGGAGACCUUGACCAAGCCCAACUGGUACGUUGAUCGUAAGGGUGAGGUUAGCGUUGGCGAAGAGGAGUACAUCAGAGCUGCCAUUAUGUACCUUGAGCCCAAGGGAGGCCGCGUCUACACCAAAUGGGACCCUUACUACGUUCAGUCCCUUAGCCGUUUCUCCGAUGCAGGCAUCAUCCCACCACUCUCCCCAGAGCAGAUCGAGGCCAUGGAAGUCCUUGAGGCCACCUGCCUCCGCCUCUCCCUCCACAUGGUUCUCGAUGUUGGUGACAUCCAGUUCCUCUCCAACUCCCAGGUCCUCCACGCCCGUACUGCCUACAAGGACUUCCCACCACCAGCUCCUCGCCGCCACCUCAUGAGACUCUGGCUCUCUACCCCUGAGAACGAGGGUGGCUGGAACCUCCCAUUCUGGGACACCAACGAGAAGAAGCGUGGUGGUAUCCAGGUCAAUGACAACGCUCCAGUCGCUAACUUGGACGCCGACUAA